AAAAAAAUAAACUUUUGAAAGAUAAAGAAGAAAUAAUUGAUGAUUUUAAUAAUAGAAUGUUCUAUUAUUCAGAUUUUUUUAAGAAAAGUUUUGAUAUCGCUGAAGAAAGAUAUCAACAAGAAAAACUUUUUUCAACUUUCUUUGAAAAAGUAAAUAUUGAAGAAAAUAUUAAAGAAAAUAUUAUUGAAGAAAAAAAUAUUUAG